AUGCAAGGUCAACAGCAAAUACUGCAACCGCAGCAACAACUUCAACAGCAACAACUUCAACAACAACAACUUCAACAACAACAACUUCAGCAACAACAACUUCAGCAACAACAACUUCAGCAACAACAACUUCAACAACACCAAAUAUCACAACAGCAGCAACAAGCACAGGAACAACCAGAACCACCUAAGCUUACAGAAGAAGAACGUCGUAAAUAUGAGGAAGAACGUCGUAAAUACGAAGAAAAAUUAAAAUACGCACCAUAUGAAGAACGUAGAAAUUAUUAUAUAAAAGAAUAUUCUCCGCUCAUUUGUUAUUCUUCAAGAUAUUACGACGAUCUUUCAGAAUAUAGGCAUGUCACUUUACCAAGAGAAAUAGCACAAUUCUUACCUCAAGACACAUUAUUAUCAGAAGAAGAAUGGAGAGGUUUUGGAGUACAUCAAUCUCAAGGUUGGGAACAUUAUUUAAUUCACGCACCUGAACCACAUAUCUUGCUCUUUAAACGUGAAAAAGAUUACCAAUUAAAAUAUCCGCCCUUGUCUUACCUAUUAAAUGCGUAUCAAUUUUCAAUCUUGUCAGGCCAAUUUGGAUUCUUCUAUACUAUAUUAUCUACAUAUUAUUUAGGUGCUACCUUUGCCUGUCUUGCUGGUAUCACUGGUGUAUUAAAGAAUAACAUUAAAUAUGUGAAAAUUUAUGCCAUGUUUUAUUGGUGGCAACUUAUGUUAGGGUUUACAAUUUCAAUAGUAUUUUCAGUUGUGGCAUUUUAUUUUGAUAAAGACGUUUGUUCAGAAUUAAUUGAGCAACCUGAAGUUGAUAUGGAUAUGGAAUCCUGUAUGGAAUGGUAUAUUAAAACUGCCGCUUCAAUGGUUGUCAUGCUCGCAAUAAGUUGUAUCAUAGACCUUCAUUUCUGUAUGGCUGUCUGGGCUUAUUAUCAAAGACUUAAGGUCGAAAGACAAUAUGGUGACAUUAGAGAUUCUAGUUAUAUUGUAUAUUAUACUCCUAUCCCUGCUUAUACUGUUGUUCCGCCACCUGCAUAUGAUUCUGUUCCUGUUGACUCAAAAUCUUCUUCAAAUAUUCUACCUCAUAGUGACAAGCAAUAA